AUGUUGGAGCGCAGAGGGACGCUGCGUUACGGGGCGGAGCGUCGCCUGCGUCAGUUCGGUUCGCGCGACAGCGUCUUGUUGGUCCCGGGAACGCCCUUCUCGAUGCAGUCGACGUCGGGCGUGUUUCUUCCUUUUGGGGCGGGCGGGGAGCCGCUCUCGCUCUCUCGGGGUUCGGAGUCGCCGCAGGACUUUGACGUCGACAGCGUGAUGCGCGCGCAUCCGCAGCCGGCGCGUGGAGGGCUCCACCACCGCUCCGGCGCCGGCAGGAGAGGCGACGGCGAGAAGAGCGACCGCGGCGGCGCGGCCGCCUCGCGCCGGUGCUACGGACCCCACGCUGGCGCUUCCGGCCGCGCCGCAGCCACGCGGACGCUCUCGCCCUACGGCGACCGGGACGAAGGCGGUGCGGGGAGUCGGCGCGGUCUCGGCGCGGAGCGCGGCGCCGAGGGCGGGGGUGCGCGCGGCGCAGACAUCACCUCUGCGCUCUCCGUGACGACUGAGGACGACUUCGGCUUCGGGGGAACUGGCGACGACGAGCACCAGUGGCUGCGGAAGGCCGACACCUUCACGCAGGCGGACGAAGACCUCAUCAGCUCGGAGACGACCUACGUCGCGAUGCUCAGGGAGGAACUCUGGCAGGCGCUCUCGGCGCACGUCGCCAUGGGUCGAAAGGAGAAAAUCGACGCCGGCCUCAACUGCCUCGAACAGAUUGAGUGGUUCUGGGGCGUCGAAGGCAUGCAGAAGGUGCAGGAAGUUCGCGCCCUGGUGAAAGACAACAAAAUGGACAGCGCCGGCGCCGUCAUCUCCACGGUCACAGCCUCCAUGUCUUCGGUCACCGGGAGCAUGCAGGGCCGGCACCACUGCUUCUACGUGUUGGUGGUGGUGCCUCCGUACACGUUUCGCAACAGUGACCAUCGCGUGAAUCUGGCGGCGGAGCUGCGGCGAAUUGCGUCGAAGGAGCAGUCGCAGGAUUCGUCGCUGGUGUAUCGCAUCGUGGAGGUAGACAGUGUGCGCCGGGCGCUGCUGGCGACGAUUGUGAAUCCAGACAUUCUGGCGGUCGUGAUUCAAGACAACGUGCCGAUCGAACACUGGCACGCCUCGUCGCACGCGCUGGUCGGCUUCGAAGGUUUUGUUCGCGGGAUUGACAUGUUCGUGGACAGCCCCGUGGCAAAGAUGAAGGCCGGCGCGCCGGUGCUGCCGGCGCUGAUUCGCAGCAUCGCGCAGUGCCGCAGCAACAUCGACAUCUUCUGCGUGUGCACCGCCAUGGGGCUGGGCACUCUCGAGCCCGUUAACCACCUGGUGAAGCGCGCCUUCUUCCCCAACGACGACCACUCUGACCUGCAUGAGGCGAUUCUUGCCGGCGUCCGCAGCAAGAUGCGCUGUCCCUUCUUCGAGGCCCUGCGCCGCUACGCCGAGCGGCCCAUCGGCGUCUUCCACGCACUCGCCAUCUCCCGCGGAAACUCCGUCCGCCGCAGCAAGUGGAUUCAGGGCUUGAUCGACUUCUACGGCGUCAACAUCUUCAAAGCCGAAAGCAGCGCCACUUGCGGCGGCCUCGACUCCCUCCUCGACCCCCACGGCUCUCUCCUCGACGCCCAAAACCUCGCCGCCCGCGCCUACGACGCAAACUACGCGUUCUUCGUCACAAACGGCACCUCGACCUCCAACAAAAUCGUCCUCCAGGCGCUGCUCCGGCCGAGCGACGUGGUGCUUGUCGACCGGGACUGCCACAAGUCGCACCACUACGGCUUUGUGUUGGCGGGGAGCUCGCCCUGCUACCUCGACGCGUAUCCGCUGCACCGUUUUUCGAUGUACGGCGGCGUGCCGCUGGAGGAGAUCAAGAAGGCGCUGCUGGCUUACCGCGUGGCGGGACGCCUCGAAGAAGUCAAGCUGCUGGUGCUAACAAACUGCACGUUCGACGGCAUCGUCUACAACGUCAAGCGCGUGAUUGAGGAGUGUCUGGCGCUCAAGCCCGACCUCGCCUUCCUCUUCGAUGAAGCUUGGUUCUCCUACGCGACCUUCCACCCCAUCCUGAAAACCCGAACGGCCAUGCACGCCGCCAACGAAAUCCGCCGCUGGUUGAUGGAGGGCAAGUAUCAUCGCCUGCAUCGCGAGCUGCUGGACGGCCUGGGCGCGGACGAUCUCUCUUCGCUCUCUUCGGCGACGCUCGCGACGACGCGGCUGUAUCCCGACCCGCGGCGCAUGCGCGUGCGGGUCUACGCGACGCACUCGAUUCACAAGUCGCUCACAGCGCUGCGCCAGGGCAGCAUGAUUCUGGUGAAUGACGACUUGUUCGAGUCGCAUGUUCACACGCCCUUCAAGGAGGCGUAUUACACGCACAUGUCGACUUCGCCCAACUACCAAAUUCUCGCCACCAUCGACGUCGGUCGGUCUCAGAUGGAGCUCGAGGGAUACGGCCUCGUUGAGCGCCAAAUCGAAGCUGCCUUCUUCAUCCGCCGCCUGCUCACCAGAGACUUGCUCGUUCGGAAAUACUUCACGGUCUUGUCGCCGCGCGACAUGAUUCCGUCGGCGAUGCGCCAACACAGCCGCGAGCUGCUGUGCGAAGAGGCGCUGCAGUGCGAGAUGAAUGUGCAGACGCUGGAGCAAGUCUGGCUGUCGGAUGACGAGUUCGUCCUCGACCCCACGCGGAUUACGCUCUUCACGGGCUUGUCGGGUUUGGAUGGCGACACGUUCAAGGUGAAGUGGCUGAUGGAUAAGUAUGGCAUUCAGAUCAACAAGACGUCGCGGAACUCGGUGCUGUUCAUGACGAAUAUUGGCACGACGCGCUCGUCCUGCAUUUUCCUCAAAGCCUGCAUCCGCAGCUGCGCGCAGGAGCUCGAGAUGCGCAGGCUGAUGAGCUCCGCGCGCGAACUCGAAGAAGUGAACGACGCCAUUCAUGCGCUCGUUGAGGAUUGUCCCGACCUGCCAAACUUCUCCGCCUUCCACCCCGCAUUCAAGAAGACCGUCUUCGAGUUCGACGCGCGCGACGACUCGCGCGAAUCGGGCGAGGACGCAGGCGCGGACGGCGACGAGGUGACGCCGAGCAGAGGGUCGCGCGAGAGCGACAACGACGAUGAGGAACAGGCAGACGACGGUCAGGGGACGGCGGUCGGCGCGCAGCGACAGAAGCUCUCCGCGUUUGUGAAGGACGGCGAUCUGCGCUCUGCCUUCUACCUCGCCUACGACGAAGACGUGGUGCGCUACCUCUCGCUCACAGAAGCGAAAGAGGCGAUUCUCCGCGGCGAGCAGCUCGUCGCCACGACCUUCGUCAUCCCCUACCCGCCCGGGUUCCCCGUCGCGGUCCCCGGCCAAGUGUUGACGGUCGCGUUGAUCGAUUUCCUGCUCAAGCUCGACGUGAAGGAGAUUCACGGUUACGACAACAAGCUCGGCUUCCGCGUCUUCUCCAAGGAGAUUCUGGAUCGGCAGAUGCGGCUGCGGAGCAAGGGCGAGAAGCCGCGCCAGAAGGACGUGGCGCUUUUUGUGAAGAAGCACAGUCUGAAUCUCACCGUCAGCCCGCCAGGCGCCGAGGUGCCUGGGGGGGAAUCGCCGCGCGAGAAGGACGCGGAAGCCGAGUCUCCGCCGCCCAGCGCGAGCCUCCCCACCGACGCCACGACCGCGAACGGCUCCAGCAACGCAGGGCACUCGACCGACCGCACGUCAGCCCCGAGAAUGGACGGCGCCAAGGAGUAA